UACAUGAUCAGCAAAGAACAGUGCAAAACCCUUCGAAUUCAACCCCAAAGGGUUUUAGACUGCGAGAACAAAGGACAGUGAAUGAGUGGGGCACCCGAUUUCUUCUACCGAGAGGCGCAACGCCUUGGCUAUGUCGCUCGCUCUGCCUUCAAGCUACUUCAGAUGCAGAAGCAAUACAAACUUAUAACACCCGGUUCGUCCGUUCUUGACCUCGGCUGUGCCCCUGGUGCUUGGCUUCAGGUAGCUUGCCAGAGUUUGGGUCCGCUUAAAAGCGGUGGGGUUGUUGUGGGCAUUGAUCUUAAGAAGGUGAAGGUUCCUUCUCGUCACUGUGAUGCGAGGGUUCAAACUGUUUGUGCCGAUGUCAUGAACCUCACCAAAGACAAAGUUAAGGCACUCUCUCCUCAGAAAGGGUUUUCUGUAAUACUCUCGGAUAUGUGUCCCUUAGUUUCGGGAAUCAAAACAAGGGAUGCAGCUUUAUCAGUUGAGUUAGGGAUGCGAGCACUUGAUUUGGCUGUUGGUGGGGCUGCGUUACUGGAUGAUAAACUGGAUGGUUCAACCUCUGAUACAGAUAAUAAAGGUCUAUUGCACGCAGGGGGCCACCUUGUAAUAAAGCUUUUAGAAAGUGAAGAUGUGCAAGAAUUCAGUCGGAUAUGCAAGCCGCUCUUCAGAAAGGCGUCAUGGCUAAGGCCUAAAGCUACAAGAUCUUCAUCCAGAGAAAUUUAUUUGAUAUGUCAAGGUUUGCAAUCGCAUGCCAGGAUGUAGUUUUUUGAUUUAUUUGCUUCUUGCACAGAUGCAGGCAACCAGAUUUCUGGAUGGCGCAAUGAAAUCAUGUUUUGUUUCCGUCAUUGUUGUGGGAAAUAUUGAUUUUAUAACCUAAUACGAUAUUUGUGAGCCCAGUCACUCUUAAUGUUAUUCAAAGUUUAAGAAGAUUGAGAUGCCAAA